UGAAAUUAUUCCACAACCAAACCAAAGAUUUGAUUUGACGUAUUCAACUAGUACCAAAGACAUGGCUGGAAGUCGUAGUUGCAGGAGGAUUGCGCUGAUUCUAGUUGCCUUCUUCUUUGCUUCUAAUAUUUUCAUCUGCAAUGGAAAAGUUCAAUUUACUUGCACAUAUACAAAUACCAAGGUAUUAAACCGCAUCGAUCUGGAUUACGACCUUGUGCAUUAUAGAAGCCGACAAUUGAUAGCUGCUGGAUAUAUACUACUUUCAAAACCAAACGCUUUGGAGUAUAAAUUUGUUCGUGAUCAUGCAACCAUUGCUGCAAUUCAGGGACCAUGCUAUGAUCCAAUAGAUUGUAAUCGGAUAUGCUCUCAACUAGCUAAUAGUCGUGCGGACAUAUAUACAGGAAAUAAGGGUAAUUGUGCUUAUGAUGAUACGAUUAAAGAAUCUUUAUGUACCUGUUGUGUGCCCUAAUUAAUUUGGGAAAAACAAUAAAAAGCAAGCAAAAGAAAGUUUUCAAUUGAGAUGCAUGGAUUGUAUUAUUUUGUGUUCUUGUACUUUCGAUGCUCAAUGAAUUAGUCCUAGGCAAAAAGAAGU